AUGAAUAAAGGUAACCAUCACAAUCCCACUGUUCAUGUCCCUCCAUGGACUCUCUUUGAUGAUUCUUCUACAGGUAUGAACUUUUUUCUCCCUGCAAGUGGUAUCUCUUCAAAUGGUUGUGGUGGCGGUGGCGGUGGCGGUGGUGGUGUCGGCGGCGCCGCCUCUGAAGGAGACCACUCUUCUUAUCCGUAUGGUGAAGCGUUAGCGGCACUGCAACGCUACCUACCGUCAAACGAUAUUGAUGUUGAUUCUGAUUCACCGGGCCGUGAGGCCGAUAUGCCGGUGGGACCAUUCUCUACGGAUGAAUUUCGCAUCUAUGAGUUCGAGGUGCGACGGUGUGCACGAGGCCGUUCUCAUGACUGGACUGAGUGUCCGUACGUUCAUCCCGGUGAGAAAGCACUGCGUAGAGACCCAUGUAAGUUCCAUUACUCUGGCACUGCUUGUCCUGAUUUUCGUAAAGGGAACUGCAAGAGUGGGGAUUCCUGUGAGUUUGCACAUGGCGUGUUUGAUGAGUGUUGGCUUCACCCGGCUCAUUAUCGUACCCAGCCUUGCAAGGAUGGGACUAAUUGUCGUCGUCGUGUUUGCUUCUUCGCUCACACUCCUGAGCAGCUUCGAGUGUUGCCGCAGCAGAGCCCUAGAACCCCUGUUUCGUCUGAUUCGUUCGAUGUAUCCCCUCUCCGUCAUUCUUUUGAUUCUUACUUGACUAAGAAUCCUCUGUUAUCAUCACCAACUUCAACCUUCAUAUUGCCUCCCCUGUCACCUCCAUCCGAGUCACCACCCUUGUCGCCAAGAUGUUCUCUGACUCGAUCUAUCGGGUUCAACGAGGUGGUUGCGUCUCUGCGUUCGAUUGCAAAAGGGUAG